AUGACAAAUCCAGCAGAACAGGCGCUUCUGCGGAUCGCAGAGACAAUAGAGCGUGCUGUGGACGAUGAGAUGGAGCGUGUUGACAAUAUGGAUGACGAGGAGCUGCUGGACAUACGUCGAAAGAGGCUUAAGGCACUGAAGGAGAUGGAAGCACGCAGGGAGGCAUGGAUAAGGAAGGGACAUGGAAGACUUCAUGAAGUGUCCGAUCCGAAAGAAUUCUUUCAGUUUGUGCAGGAAUCUGAGCGGGUUGUCGUUCACUUUAUGAGAAGAAGCACAUCAAGGUGCUCCAUAUUGGAGCGCCACCUUCAGAUAAUCGCACCUCAACAUUUCGAAACGCGAUUCUGCUAUGUUGACGUGGAGAGAAUACCUUCUCUUGCGGAAAGAUUUAAUGUUCUGAUGCUGCCGACGCUUAUGCUAGUAGAAAACAAGAACACUUUCCACAGUAUUAUUGGGUUUGAUGAGUUUGGUGGAACUGACGAUUUUGCCUCCGAGACUGUAAUUAAGGUACUUGCAAGCUAUGGGAUGUUGAAUGAACAAGGGAUGUUUGCGGCGGAUCAGGGUAAUGACUAA